AUGUUGCGUGCUCUGUCUAGUCUGCGCUCUUCCGUCUUCCGUGGUACCAGUGCUCUGGGUCUGCGUUAUUAUGCCAAAGAUGUGAAAUUCGGUGCCGACGCACGGGCUGCAAUGCUUGUGGGGGUUGAUAUUCUGGCAGAUGCUGUCGCAGUGACGAUGGGACCGAAGGGACGAAACGUUAUCAUAGAGAGCUCGUGGAAGUCCCCCAAAAUCACAAAGGACGGAGUCACAGUCGCGAAGGGAAUUGAGUUAAAAGACAAGUUCCAAAAUAUCGGGGCCAAGCUGGUGCAAGACGUUGCCAUGCGUUAUUAUGCCAAAGAUGUGAAAUUCGGUGCCGACGCACGGGCUGCAAUGCUUGUGGGGGUUGAUAUUCUGGCAGAUGCUGUCGCAGUGACGAUGGGACCGAAGGGACGAAACGUUAUCAUAGAGAGCUCGUGGAAGUCCCCCAAAAUCACAAAGGACGGAGUCACAGUCGCGAAGGGAAUUGAGUUAAAAGACAAGUUCCAAAAUAUCGGGGCCAAGCUGGUGCAAGACGUUGCCAACAAUACCAACGAAGAGGCCGGCGACGGCACAACAACUGCUACCGUGCUCGCACGUGCGAUCGCUAAGGAGGGCUUUGAGAAGAUAAGUAAGGGGACCAAUCCUAUUGAGUUCCGUCGUGGCGUCAUGCUUGCUGUUGAUGCCGCCGUCAAACAACUGAAGGCGCUGUCGAAGCCCAUUUCUACACCCGAAGAGAUCGCUCAGGUGGCAACCAUUUCAGCCAACGGUGAUCAUGCAAUCGGUGAACUGAUCUCAUCUGCAAUGAAAAAAGAUGGGAAAACACUCCAUGAUGAAAUCGAAUUCAUAGAGGGAAUGAAGUUUGACCGGGGCUACAUUUCCCCAUACUUCAUUAAUACCGAGAAGGGAGCUCGAUGCGAAUUUCAAGAUGCGUUUGUCUUAUUUUCCGAGAAGAAGCUCAACAGUAUCCAGGCUUUGCUACCAGCCCUAGAGCUUUGUCAUCAACAGAAGAAACCUUUAGUGAUUAUCGCUGAAGACGUUGAGGGCGAGGCUCUGACGGCCUUAGUCCUCAAUCGUUUGAAGCUGGGUCUUCAAGUUUGUGCCGUUAAAGCCCCUGGUUUUGGGGAUAACAGGAAGAACACCCUCAAAGACAUGGCCAUUGCCACUGGCGGAGUGGUCUUCGGAGAUGAAGCUGACAUGUACAAAAUAGAAGACGUCCAAAUUCAAGACCUGGGGCGAGUAGCUGAAGCAGUUAUAACCAAAGACGACUGUCUUUUGAUGCGCGGUCGAGGAUCGAAAGCGGACAUUGAUAAGCGAAUUUCACAAAUUAAGAGCGAGAUUGAGCAAUCUAACAGCGAAUAUGAGAAGGAAAAAAUGCAGGAACGAAUGGCAAAACUUUCUAAUGGAGUUGCGGUCAUCAAAGUCGGUGGUAGCAGUGAAGUCGAGGUCAGUGAGAAAAAAGAUCGUUAUACUGAUGCCCUGAACGCUACUCGCGCUGCUGUCGAAGAAGGAAUCGUUCCAGGAGGAGGUGUAGCAUUACUCCGCUGUAUCCCGAGUCUGAAGGACGUUCAAUGCAAAAAUGAGGACCAAAAGAUCGGUGUUCAAAUCGUCCUGCGAGCUCUUUCCACACCUGCCUUCACCAUCGCUGCAAAUGCCGGUGUGAAUGCUUCUGUCGUGGUCGAAAAAGUAUUGAGUCUCGGUGGCAAUAUGGGUUAUGACGCCCUGAACGAUACAUAUGUCGACAUGCUUGAGGCUGGUAUCAUCGAUCCAACCAAGGUCGUCCGGACUGCCUUGGUUGAUGCAGCGGGAGUGGCGUCGCUACUCACGACUGCGGAAACAGUGGUGACCGAACUGCCCAAGGAUGAGGCGCCGAACGCUGCUGCUGGUAUGGGUGGAAUGGGUGGUAUGGGCGGCAUGGGCAUGAUGUAA